UCAGGCGGGAGCAGAGCCACCGGAGGCUGGAGAGACCCACACGGUUCCUCUGGAGCAACUUUCCCCUGAACAUGUCCACCCUCCAGACGCUGAAGACCUUCAUCCACCAGCGGCUCGCCGUGGCCGUGGACGAGAUAUUCGGGCUGCUGGAAACUACGAUCUCCGACUAUGAGGAGGAGAUCAGCCGCCAGCGAAGGCUGAUGGAGGACGAGAGGUCCGAGUUUCUGAGCAAAAAAGCAGAUCUGCAACAAGCGAUGAGAUUUCGGGUCAUCAUCGAACAUGAUAUCAAGAAGAUUACUUUCCAGAACGGCCUGCCCUCAUCGGUGGAGGACCUGAUCAAAGUGUUCAAACAGGCCUUUUCCAUCACCACAGACAUCGGCCUCCAGUACAAAGACGCUGACUUUGAUGACUUCUUCACGCUGACCUCUACAAGUGACUUGAAGGACAAAGACACGCUGAAGGUAGUGCGCAUGCCCCCAGGCAUCAUCAUGACCACGGUUUCUCAUGAGCACCACCCGGACACCUCUGAUGUGUCCUCUGUGGAUGAUCUGCUGUCUGUGGACUCCCAAGACAACCUGCUUCCCAGCCCUCCUGCCACUGAGAGGCAGAACCUGUGGCCGGCCCUGUUCCCCAUCCCAACCUUCUCCUACAACACUGAGAUGGCUUUGAGGCAAGGCAACGAGAAAUUCCUCAAAGAUGGAACUCCACUGACAACACCAAGUGUCAAGUCAGACAUUUUGGAGCGCCUGGCCGAGACCAUGUUUUCCUACACGGCGUAUCCCAACGACCCGCAGCGGGCGGCGGUGGCACAGGCGCUGAUCGAGAAGCAUCCAUGCCUGAGGGAGCCCGGCUCUUUUAACGGAUGUUAUGGGUGGCAGCAAAGUCUGAAAUACAAAUGUGCAAACUACCGGAGCAAACUAAAAGCACACGGAAACCCUGAGCUGAUUAUAAACACACUGAAACACAAGCAGGAGGGCGACAGGAAACCUGCGAAGAACAUCAAGAAACCCAGGAAGUCUGAGGUCAACUACCUGCCCUCACACCCAGCGGGCGAAACAGACAGUAGCCUGGAAAACGUGAGACUUGAGCUCAUAGCAGCGAGCAAGAUGCAGGACAACGGCCCGCUGAUAAAUGACAUGAUGUCCAGAACAUACAGCUGCAGACGGAGAGAAGUGGUGGGCCAGGCCGUGCAGAUCGCAGAGUUCAAAGAGCGAUGGCCGGCCCUCUUCGACCCGGUUCAGAUAAAUGAAGAGUUCCGAAGGUGCAACACGAUCCCCCUCGAGUCCACAUUCAUCUCCCAGCUGGACAGGUACAUGCCAAAGUUCCUGGAAUUAUUCAGGUCAAAGGGGGGAGCUGUUGGACAACGCAUGAAAAGUGUGUUGACUGACCUGAUUCAGGACCCUCGUGCCUCAGUGGUGAAGAGGAGGGAUGUGACUCUGAGGUGUCUCAUCGAGUACAUGGGGGAGAGUGUGCAGGACCUCAUCUCUGACUACUAUAAAACAGCAGAGAGUAAAGUGCUGGAGGACCUUCAGACGCACAGCAUGAGGAUCUACAUCUGUCACCAGCCAGACGCCGUCGGCAUCGUCAUCGAUGGGACUCCGGUGUUGACGGGUCUGGACAACAUGUCUGAGGCCUGCUGCCUGCUGCUGGGCCUGACCUACGCCCUGAACCUGGAUUAUCCUCCCAAACUGGCUAAAACUUUUGAAGUUUUUCAGAGAUUAUUUGUAGGACUGGAUACGCUGCAGCCAAAACCAACUUCCAAGUACAUCAACCUGAAGAACAGACUCCUCACCUAAGCAAUGGCUUUGGGCUGCUGGUGCAGGUGUGCUUACCUGAGGCGCAGGGUUUGUGUGACAGCACAUCAGAAGAGCAGCUCCAGGACCUUUUAAAGCUACAUUCAGACACACCUGCAUUGUAGCAAAGCUCAGAGCCUCAUGCACAGUAAUAACACGUGUGAAAGACCAGAGAACAGACAUGAAGCAUAAAAACACAGCUCAGGUCAGGGUAUGGACGUGUACCAUGAGGUGAAUGCUGCUGGAUCCGGGUCCAUCACACAGGGUUGUACUGGAUGUUUGGACACCUGUGUAGUGGUGCACUCUCUUCCAUCCGUUGUUGAGCUCACAUCCAGGUUCUGUCUCACUACUAAGGCAGUGGAUAAAGGAAAUGUGAUAUUCCACACACCUCCACGUCAUGCCACGGCAGAUAGUCCCAGUGAACCUCGGUCAGACUGCAGCAUCAGCUCCAAGGCUCACAGGUGAGUCGUGAAGAUGGAAAAGCCCUCGUCUGCCCAGUUCUGGAUGAUUCAACAAACAAGCUUCUGUCAGCAGGUUCCUCUUAGGUCUGUAAAGCUCGGUGCCGUGUACAGUUUCCAAGGCAGGAGCUUUUGUUCACAUCUAAGUUUGUCUUCUCAUGUAGCUAGGCUGGUGUAGGGUCACUGAGUGGAAGGACAAUGCUGGACCCAGUGUUCAUGUUCUGAAGAGCCUGUUAUCUAUGUUUUGUAAGCUGACUGGACAGAAGGUUGGUCACUGAUGGUGUCAGAACACAUUAAAACGGUUUUACAGUG